AUGCACCAUAUCCAACCCAAUACCCCUAAUAUUUGUAUAGCGCGGCUACGAGUAACCCUUACUUGUAGUUCAAACCAAGCGUGCCUGGAUAGUGCAUGUUGGGAGACUGUGUUUCCGCAGCUGCUUAGUAGCCCGCCGUUUUCAGUUCGCCACGGUCACGUGGACAAAAUCAACUUCGGUGCAUGUUACAUGCUGUGCAGCCCAGACCUGAAACCACGUCACCAUCACACCAUGUCAAAAGACUCAUUUGCGGAUCUGUGGACGCCCAAAACCGGCAAGGAUGCGGCGUCCAAGCUAUCGCUGGCUGAACGUCAAAAACAAGAGGCUGCUAAGAAAGCUGAGCAGGCCAAACAAUGGUCUGGUCUGGACUACCUGGGCGGAGGCAUUGGAGGGGGCAGUACGGGCUCCAGUGGACUCGUGAGAGGACCUAUUUCGAGCACGAACACAGGCUCAUCGAGCUUGAGUGCAAACAAUACCUCUCGACCUACUGACCUUCUUGCUGCCGGCCCCACAGCCUCUGCACGAGCCAAGGCAGGUAACCUGACUGCCGACAACACGGGCUCCAGUAACCCGUUCAUGCCUACUUUCAAGAUCAUCGAGGACGAGCGAUUCGAGCAGAAAGUGCCUGUUCCCAAGGACCCUUUUGAUCUAAUGGAUCUCGGCAUGUCUGCUCCACUGGGUAACAACACCACCCAGACCACCUCAAAUACGUCUCAGAAGAACAACACAAUCGAAGAGGAAGAUGAUCCAUUUGCUGUUUUCAAUCAACCGGUCAAGAAGGACCCCGAGCCUGAACGACAGCACGAAAGAAAACCCGAACGACAGCCCAAGCCUCGAUCAAGAGCCGAGCUCCAGCCUAAACCUGCGUACAAGCCCGAGAGAACAUCAACUCCUGGAGGAGACAAGGCUGUAGCAGAACUCGUAGAUAUGGGGUUUUCUACAGACCAGGCUUCUGCAGCUCUGGCUCUUACUCCUACCGGAAAGGAGGUCGCCAUGGCCAUUGACAUUAUCAUGAAACAGGCCCAUGCAGCCGCCAAGGGAGAAACUUACGUGCCUCCUUCCGCCCAGAAGAAGCAGGAACAGCACCGUCAGUCGCGACAAGCUCGUCCGACUACACGUGACGAACCCACCGACGAGUGGGAGCGGCAGUCCAGAAUGCAAGACUCGUCUUCUAGCAGAUCCAGCCGGUCCAGGGAUCCGUUCGGAGGAGAGAACGAAGACAUGUUUUCUGACGCAUCCAAGGUCGCUUCCCAGCUGGGAGCACAGUUUAUGUCUAAGGCUGGCUCUCUGUGGUCCGUGGGGCGAAAGAACCUCGCUAAGGCCGUGGAGAACUACCAGGGAGGAAGCCGGGGUACUAAUGCUGCCGAUGGAUCUCCUGCUUGGAUGAAGGAUGCCAAACAGUACGAGGAGGACCGAGGAUUCAAAGACUCAUACCAGCCUAUGGGCGAGUCGUUCAAGGAUUCUGAUGAUAGCGACGAUGACGACCACGGUGAGGAGGAACACGUUAGACCUCCUCCUAGACAGUCAAGACCCCCUCCUAGGGAGACCAGACAGGCUCCCAGACAGACUCCUCCACCUUCGAAUGGAAAAUUCAAAUUCAAUGAUGACGAAGAAACCAUCGCUCCUCGACGAAGACGUCCUGAACCUAAAGAGACCCCUACUUCUGUAGCUAAGGAGACUCCCGAGCAAGCGCCUGCUCUCGUUGGAGAUCUCUGGGAUGCUCCUGCUCCUACUGCGCCUGCCCAGAAAAUCGCUACCUCGUCUGCCCCUAACGGCGGCGCGUCUCUUAUUGGUUCUACUUCUUCCUCUUCCGCUGCCUCUAUCAAUCGACCCCAUGUGGCCGUCUCUUCCAUGGCUAUGGAGAUGGUCUCUGAUGGACGAGAGAAGGGCGCUGAGGCCGUGAAGCAGGGCUCUUACGAUAUUGCUCUGGAACACUACAACCAGGCACUUGCCAACGUGCCCUCUCCUCAUACUCUGCGAGCCCUUCUGCUGUCCAACCGUGCUUUCUGUCACCUUAAGGCUGGAGAUGCCAAGGCUGCCAUUGUUGACUCUGAGGAGGGCAUCACCAUCAUCGGACCCAGUCUUGGUGUUGGGGAGGAGGUUGAGCCUGGCAAGUCUCUUCAGGAGAUUUGGUCCAAGUUGGUGAUGCGGAAGGCUGAGGGUCUGGAGCAUCAGGAGAAGCAUCAACAGGCCCUGGACCAAUGGACGUUGCUGGUGAGCAAGGGAUUCACCACGAAGCUUGUCAUGGAUGGUAAGCGACGAUGCCAGAUGAUUUUAACCCCCAAGUCUGCUCCUAAGACUGCUCCUAAGACUGCAAAGCCUGCUGUUAGACCUACUGCCAAGCCUGCGUCGUCUGCACCCACUCCAGCAGGCAAGUACGAGAACCUUGAUCGUGUACGGGCCAGCCAUGCCAAGAUCGCCAAGGAAGAGGCCGAGAAAGCUGCUCUGGGCGAUGUCGUUGCUGUCAAGAUUGAGACGUGGCGAUCCGGCAACGAGGACAACCUGCGUGCGCUUCUGGCCACCCUGGACACUGUUCUGUGGCCCGAGGUGGGAUGGAAAAAGAUCACCGUGGCUGAUUUGGUGGUCAACAAAAAGGUGAAAAUCAACUACAUGAAGGCUGUGGCCAAGACUCAUCCCGACAAGAUAUCGGCAGAUACUCCUACCGAGAAGAAGAUGAUUGCCAAUGGAGUCUUCAUCACGUUAAACAAGGCGUGGGAUAGCUUCAAGGUGCAAAACAACAUGUCUUAA